GCGCAUGCGCAGUCAAUACAGGAAGUGGACGCUGUAACUGUUGCUGCUGCUGCUGCAGUUCCCCAGCGAGUGGAGCGUCCAAGCGGCAGCUGCUUUCCAGUUUCUCAUCGAGUUUAAAGUCUAAAUCUUUGCAAAGAUGAUUUCUCUUACUGACUCACAAAAAAUCGGGAUGGGACUGACGGGCUUCGGAGUGUUCUUCCUGUUCUUUGGGAUGAUUCUGUUUUUCGACAAGGCACUCCUCGCGAUUGGAAACAUUCUGUUUGUGGUGGGCCUGGCGUUCGUCAUCGGCCUGGAGAGGACCUUCAGAUUCUUCUUCCAGAAGCACAAGAUGAAGGCCACCAGCUUCUUCCUCGGGGGCGUGUUUGUCGUGCUGAUCGGAUGGCCAAUCGUCGGAGUGGUGCUGGAGUUUUACGGCUUUUUCCUUCUGUUCAGGGGUUUCUUCCCAGUGGUUAUCGGUUUCAUCAGGAGGAUACCCAUCCUCGGCUCCUUGUUGAAUCUGCCCUUCAUCAGUGGGCCUUCGUAACUCUGAGUGGACAGUGAGCAGUCUCGGUCAGUCACUGCUGCUUUCCCUCCUGCAUGUGCGCACGAACUCACCCUGUCUGAGAUCAUUACAUCACUUCCCCUCAGGUCACAUGCUCACGUUGUACAUUUAUACCACAGCGCUGUUCAGUUCUGGAUUCUGAUUGGCCGGACGGAAAUGGCUAUGUUAAUGGGUUAUGUUAACGUGCUCGUUCUAAUACGGUAUCGUUUCUAUGGUAACAGCUCCUUCACAGAGACGUGUACAAUUAAACGGAUCGACGGUUGAUGAAGUGACGUUUUCUUAAAGUUAGGAGAUGUCGGUUUAACAUUAUUGGAAGGAGUCUCCAGUGUCAAGAACAUUAAAAAGUAACUAUAAAUGGAUAAAAAUCAUGAUCAUCAUUUAUUAAUAAGUUUAAAAAUACAUAUUUUAUCAAAUUGCUGUGGUAUAACUGGUGGAGGAAUAAACACACAUGUCCUGUUACAGGAAAGUAAUCAACUUUGGUGUGGUAACAGUAACUCAGAGUAGCUUCAUCACACCAAAGUUGAUUGUUUUCCUGUAACAGCACACCCCCAUGUUAGUGACGUUAUACGUUUACCCUAUAUACUUUCUGAUUUUCAUCAACAGCUCUCCGUUCAUUCAUUUCAGUCCAUCCCAUUGGUGUGAAAAAUCCUGUACUCUUUUUUUGUUUACA